AUGAGGCCCUCCAUUUCGACAAAUUUGUUGGCUGUCGCCAUCCUCCUCGGCGUCGUCGUCAACAGCGGUCGUAGUUUUUUUCUCAUUAUUCAUUCCUAAACUCCAUCAACGUCCCAAAAAUAGACAAUUUAUUCAGGAUCGACGCAACAAGCUGGUUAUGGAAUGCAGGGUGCCGGAAAUUGGCUGCCGAGUGGUGAUUAAGUUGAAAACAGCUUUAGGAAGAUUUUUCUCUAGGCUAUGCAAAUCAAAACGGACAAAAUCAGGGCGGCGGCGACGAGAUUCAAGGCAGCGUGGGAAAUGUCGAAAAGCCAGCUCAACCUAAUUCUGGAUACAACAACUGGAACAGUGGUACGUUCAUUGAGGAAAACAACCUUGAAGGAUCAAAAAACUCAAGUUUUGUCGAAGAUGGCUAGGGACAAAAAGUUGCUUCAAGUGUAGAUUUUUACAUUUUGGCUCUUAUUCAGACCUCUUUCAGAGAAAUUACAUGGCUGAAUCUUUCUAUAUCUUUUUGCAAGUUCCACAAAUUUCAUUUCCCACUUCAUCUUGAAACUAAGUUCUUGUCUAACUUUUUUUUUCAAGAAGAUUAAGUUGUUUUAAAAACCGUGAAGGCAAAAGGAUCUCUAAAGUUGAUUGAAGUCUCUCUCUUCUCGAUACUUCUUUACGAGAAUGUUGUUAAAAGAAAUGAUUUUUAGACGCCUCGUAACGGGAAAGUUUUGAAUAAAUACUGUGGAUCAUUUAAAAAUGAACGAUUUUAUGCAUUUUCGCUAGUUUAGGAGGUGGCGGACAGUUCCCUCAACCUCCUAUGGAGAUGAACGGCCAACCGUGGAACGGAAAUUGGAACGGAGGUGCUGAACUGCCACAAGGAAACAAAGAAGACGGCAUCUCAGGGAGCGUCGGAGUGUCUUCGACGACCACUAGACAGCCUCAAAAGCCUUAUGGUUACGGAAACGGUAAUCCAAACGGAUUCUAUGGAUAUAACUCACACAAAAAUCGCCCCAUGCCUAACUAUCGUGGACCUUCUGGAAAUUAUUGA